AUGGAGCUGGGAGACGCCGCCGCCGGCCAGGGAGCGCAAGGGGACGCCGCCUCCGGGGCCCUUGUCAGGAAGAAGAGGAUGAGGAGGAAGAGCACUGGCCCUGACUCCAUUGCCGAGACGAUCAAGUGGUGGAAGGAGCAGAACCAGAAGCUGCAGGACGAGAGCGGCUCCAGGAAGGCGCCGGCCAAGGGUUCCAAGAAAGGGUGCAUGGCGGGCAAAGGAGGGCCUGAGAACGUCAACUGCGUGUAUCGCGGCGUGAGGCAGCGGACGUGGGGCAAGUGGGUGGCGGAGAUCCGCGAGCCCAACCGUGGCCGGCGGCUAUGGCUGGGCUCCUUCCCUACCGCUGUGGAGGCUGCCCAUGCAUACGAUGAGGCGGCAAAGGCCAUGUAUGGCCCCAAGGCGCGUGUCAACUUCUCGGAGAACUCUGCUGACGCCAACUCUGGCUGCAUCGUCGGGCGCUUUCGUUGCUGGCAUCUAGUGUACCGCUGCCACGUUGCAACGGUCUGA